ACACACACACGCACACCACCACCAGGCCAGCGCCAUAGGCACAACACGAUUACGCAAGAUCAAAUCGGCGCAUGUGUGUGGCCGAAUCUAGGCUAAGGGGCGUACCGUAAUUUGUAGGAGGAAUAGAUACGAGAGCGGAUCGGAGGCAGAAGAACAUUCUUUUAAGUCCCGGAAUAUCGUGUUGAUCUGGCUGUAAUCGUUUGCAAUGGCGUCAGCGAACAAAUUUGUCUCCUUGUUCAACGGUAACAAGAUGCCUAUCCUGGGUCUCGGGACAUGGCUGUCUAAAGCAGGUGAAGUCCGAGAGGCAGUCAAGGUAGCAGUGGAUUGUGGGUAUCAACACAUUGACUGUGCUCAUGUCUAUGGCAACGAGGCUGAGGUCGGAGAAGCGCUCAAAGAAAAAUUUGAUGCGAACAUCAUCAAGAGAGAAGAUAUCUUCAUCACUAGUAAGCUUUGGAACACUAAACAUCAUCCAGAUGAUGUUGAGGAGGCAUGUGACCAAACUCUGAAGGACCUCCAACUAAGUUAUGUAGAUAUGUACCUUAUGCAUUGGCCAAUGGCAUACAAGAGAGGCUCAAACAACUUUCCAAAAGAUGAGAAUGGCAAAUUCAUUCCUGAAGAUGUAGACUAUGUGGAUACAUUUCUUGCGAUGGAGAAUCUAGUGAAAAACGGCAAAUGCAAAGCAAUAGGUCUGUCCAACUUUAGCUUGAAGAUGAUGAAACGUGUUAUGGAGAAAGCUACUAUUCAAGUAGCUAAUCUACAGGUUGAGAUGCAUCCACUGCUCAAUCAAUCCAAGCUGAUAGAGUAUUGCAAAGAAAACAACAUAACAAUAACAGCUUAUAGUCCCCUCGGUGCGCCCCAUAGACCAUGGAUAAAGGAUGAUGAUCCAAAGCUAAUGGAGGAUCCUAUUGUUACUGGCAUCGCUGCAAAGAAGGGCAAGAGCCCCGCCCAAAUUCUAAUCAGAUUUGCUCUGGAUAGAGGGGUGAUCUGCAUUCCAAAGAGUGUCACUCCUAGUCGUAUACAGGCCAACUUUGAGGCACUAAACUUUGAGCUAGAUCCUGAGGAUCUUAAGAAACUUAUGUCGAUGCAUAAUGGAUACCGUGGCUGUCUACUUGAAUGGGUGGAUCAUCCAAACCAUCCAUUCUCAGGAAAGGAGAAGGACGAAUGACGAUUGUGAAACGCAGCUGAAGAUGAAAUGUAAUUUCAUCUUUAUUAGUUUAGUUAAAAGUGUUGAUUCUGAAUCAUGUUUUAUUCUAAAUCACAUUUGUCAGCUUUAAAUUUUAUUUGAUCUCAUUUUAUUCUAGAUUGUGUUUGUGAUAUUUAUUUGAUUCCAGUCUGAGAUUUCGAGGGUAUAAUUCUCUCUGGUAUUUUCUUUACUGAAUUUGAUGUGUUUGUUUGAUUGAUCAAUUGCAGCUGGUUAUUUUUAUUGCAUGGGGAGGGGCCCUAUAUCACCAAAGAAAAAUCAAAAUCAUAUACAUCUAUAAAGCCAUUCAAUACGAUGUUCCAAUGUGAUAUGCAGUAUUAUAUGCAGAAGAUUGGGAUGGUACCAGUACUUCAUUAUUGAAAUGAUAGGAAACAUUUCCUUAAUUGCUGUUAAGUUAUCUUUUUGUUCAUUUAAGAUUUUACCCAUUAUUUCCUCAUGUUUUGCUUGAAAAGCUGAUUUAGCCUUUGAUUUCUUGCCAUGUUUAUUGGGCAGUCUUUAAUAGACACACAAUCUAGUUUGAUAAAAUAAGUCUGUAAUAUGAAUCUGAAUUUUUUGUUUAUUUCAUUUCUGUAACAAUUUUCAAUAUACAAAUCAGAAGUAGAGAAAUAAAAAAUGAUAACCAAAAACAAGAAAAAGAAUGAUCUUUUAAAUAUGAAAUAUAGAGGAGCACUAUUCUUACAUUUGAAUUUGUACAGAUGAGGAGAUACUAUUUUUGCAUUUUAACUCUAUCAUAACUGGUAUUUUGUAUAUUUUAUGUUAUACUGUGAAUUAACCAUUAGAAUAUGCAUUACAUACUGGGCACAGGUAAGAAUGUAUUCUUAAGCCCAGCACUCACUAUGUGACACGAUUGCAACAAAAUCACAGAGUGUGUACUGUACCAACCUACAACGCACUGCAACUGCAACCCGCUUUGUUGCAGUAGGAUCGCAGACCAAAUCUCGGACAUAUGACAUGUCAAAUCUGUCCAUGAUUUUCUGCGACUUUGCUAAUUUAAGCCAAUCAUAUUUGUCCUAGAAAAGGAUGUCAUGGCCAAUUUGCGGCGCUUCUGAAUUGCAGACAGCCUAAGCGCAAAAGAAGAGGCGCCAUGAGAUGCAGCGCGCCGCAGAGCUGUUGCAAUGUGUGCGCUGGCCUCUGAUGUGAUUGCACUUAGAUGUGAUUGACAACUUGUUGCAGGCGGAUCCUAGUGCAGUUGCAUCAUGUAGUGUGCGCUGGGCUUUAGUCACUAGCUUUUGCUUUACUGCCUUUUAAGUGGUUUCCAUUACUUCACUAUUGACCCACCAAAAUGCCUAGAAUUUUAUCAUAAGGUAUGAUGGAAAUUACAUUAAAUAUUUAUCCAUUCAUUUAAGUCUUACAAAUGUGCAGUUACUAAUUAAGAUUAUUGCGUAUUACAAAUCUUACGCGUGGGAGAGUAGGCGCAGUGUCCAUAGGAACUAUAAAAUUCAAUUUUACAAGAGAAAAGGAAUAAAAAAGGGUAGAAAAUUCAUAGAAUUUAUCAAAAUUAUGUUGACCAGUCCGGAACCUCACUGCAAAAUAGCUGUUCAUAACCUGAAAUUAAAUAGGAAACAGCUUUAGAACAGAUAUCCUUCAUCAGUCGCCGAAUGAUGUGCCGGAGCAAGACAAUCAACCAGCAUGAUGACAUCAUAGAACUGGCUUGGAAGUGCCAAAAUAUUUUGCCAGCGCGACAAGAAUCAUCCGUAAAAUCAGUGUAUGGCAGAUGGUUGGUCCUAACAAAUGGGUGCAAAUGAUCAAAUUUAAAAUCGUCGAUUGUCAAUAUCUAUGUGCAUAGAAUCUUAGUCGUCGAUCCAAAUAUGGGAUUCUGACCUGCACAAAUGAGUCAAAAAUGAGGUAAAACUGAUAAUAUUUUCGCAGAUAUGAUGCUUAGAAAAUUAGGUGGUCGAUAAGGGGUAGAUCCAACCAUACAGUAUGCUCAUAUGUUGUGUAUCGCAAUUUCCAUUAAGCAAUUGUUACUCAUUCAUGGUGAAUGAUCAGAUGAUAUUUAUUUUUGAAUACAGAGGUGAAAUCUGUGUGCGAUUAACAAACAUGAAAAACAUUUUUUAAAUUGUAACUCUAUCAGCAGCUUCCUUCAUAGUCUGCAAAGUUAUCAUGUCACAUAAAAAUGGAACACUUUGAUUCUAGAUAUGAAUCAAUUUUCAAAUGGAUCACGUUUUCACAAAACUCAAUCUUUAAACUCCUAUUAUUUUAGCCAUUUCUGAACCUAUCAUGCUCAAUUAAGCACCAUCUGUGUUUAAGAUUGAUAAUAUAACAUCGUAGUAUGUAAAUGAAGAUAUUUUCAGCUUGCAAACCCCUGCUUUUUCUCUUCUGAUACCAAUGUGUAUAUUUAUCUUCAUAGUUGCCUUUGUGGGGUUGGUUACCAGAGGUUUUGAUGAAAAGAGUCUUAUGUACCUUUCUACUAUAAACAUCUAGGAGUAAGCCAAUGUAUUAUCCUUUUCUUUUCCUUCUGCAGAAAAUAUGAAUUGAGGAUGAUCCUCAUUCUAUUGUUGUAACACUCUCUAGAAACAUUUUGAUUCCAUUUAUUGCUGUAGUUAAAAAAAAAAGUUACAAUUUAGCAAGUAAUUUUUUACCAGUUUUCUGGUUAUUCAAACAUAGUACUGAAUGCCAGAUAUAUAUGUUUCAUUUGCCCUGUUCAUAUAAAUCCUGCAACAUUUUAGUUAUAUCACCAACACACAUUGGUAAGCACUUUCCAAAACCCAUGUUCAUGUAUGCCUCAGAAUUCUUUAAUGUUGAUGGAAUAUUUGAAGUAUUUUGACGGAGUCAUAUAAGAAGAGGGGAUAGGCAUAAUACUGUAAUCUACUUAUCCACAGAGUCAAAUCUUGUUCCAAAAGUAUUUAUGUAGUCAAAAGGAUCACCUCUUACAAAAAAGCUACAACAUUGCAGUAAUUCAUUUGUUUUCUUAACAAGAAAAACAAUCGCGGAUGCAGGUCAUCUUUUGAUCUUUGAAUGUUUAUAAAUGGUAUUUAUGUAAAUUAGAUAUACUAGUAAUUCAAAUUUAUAUAAUUUUAAAGAUGACAUGAACUAUUUAUCAUUAAAGUAUGUAUGCUUCUGUGCUGCAUUAGCUCCUGAUGUGCUAUGGGGUCUGAUGGAAAAAAAUAUAUAUACAAAAGAAGGUUCCUUAUAUCAAACCGUAAGCAAGUAUAGGGGACAGUAUUAUGUGAAAUUGUUAAAUCAUCUAGAACGAUACCGUAACUAUUUCUAUAUGUUAAAUGUGCAUUAAAUGUUAACAAUUAAUUUCAGCUUUCUUUUGUACUAACUAACCAACGAUUGUGAUGAUAAAAGCAUUGAUAAUCACAAUAAUAGGCCAUAGUAUAAUUUUCUUCAUGAUAUCAGAAAUUCUCGGGAUGAAUAAAUAAGGAUUUUUCAAUGAUUUUGUUAUUGCACUGUUUCCCUAUUGAUAUUCAUCUGGUGUGUGGUUUGAAAACACUGUCAUCUUUUAUAGAAAUAAUUUGAUUGAGAGUUUUUGUGAUUUGAAUAAAAUUGUAUAAAUCUGCUUAUUAAUUGAUAAA